AUGGGCAAGGAGAAGACCCACAUCAACAUAGUGGUCAUCGGCCACGUGGACUCGGGCAAGUCCACCACGACUGGCCACCUCAUCUACAAAUGCGGGGGCAUCGACAAGAGGACCAUCGAGAAGUUUGAGAAGGAGGCUGCCGAGAUGGGGAAGGGCUCCUUCAAGUAUGCCUGGGUACUAGACAAGCUGAAGGCAGAGCGGGAGCGCGGCAUCACCAUCGACAUCUCCCUUUGGAAAUUUGAGACCACCAAAUACUACAUCACCAUCAUCGACGCCCCAGGCCACCGCGACUUCAUCAAGAACAUGAUCACAGGCACAUCCCAGGCGGACUGCGCCGUGCUGAUUGUGGCCGCAGGAGUGGGUGAGUUCGAGGCAGGCAUCUCCAAGAAUGGGCAGACCCGGGAGCACGCGCUGCUGGCCUACACGCUGGGUGUGAAGCAACUCAUUGUGGGGGUGAACAAGAUGGACUCCACGGAACCCGCCUACAGCGAGAAGCGCUAUGAUGAAAUUGUCAAGGAGGUCAGCGCCUACAUCAAGAAGAUCGGCUACAACCCGGCCACCGUGCCCUUCGUGCCCAUCUCAGGCUGGCACGGGGACAACAUGCUGGAGCCCUCACCCAACAUGCCCUGGUUCAAGGGCUGGAAAGUGGAGAGGAAGGAAGGGAAUGCCAGUGGCGUGUCCCUCCUGGAGGCCCUGGACACUAUCCUGCCCCCCACACGCCCCACAGACAAGCCCCUGCGUCUGCCACUGCAGGAUGUGUACAAGAUUGGUGGCAUUGGCACCGUCCCCGUGGGCCGAGUGGAGACAGGGAUCCUGCGGCCUGGCAUGGUGGUGACCUUCGCGCCCGUGAACAUCACCACGGAGGUGAAGUCAGUGGAGAUGCACCACGAGGCUCUGAGCGAGGCCCUGCCCGGGGACAAUGUCGGCUUCAACGUGAAGAACGUGUCAGUCAAGGACAUCCGCCGGGGCAACGUGUGUGGGGACAGCAAGUCUGACCCACCCCAGGAAGCCGCCCAGUUCACGUCCCAGGUCAUCAUUCUGAACCACCCUGGGCAGAUCAGCGCUGGCUACUCACCAGUCAUUGACUGCCACACAGCCCACAUCGCCUGCAAGUUUGCUGAGCUGAAGGAGAAGAUUGACCGGCGCUCCGGCAAGAAGUUGGAGGACAACCCCAAGUCCCUGAAGUCCGGUGAUGCAGCCAUUGUGGAGAUGGUCCCGGGGAAGCCCAUGUGUGUGGAGAGCUUCUCCCAGUACCCGCCUCUCGGCCGCUUCGCCGUGCGCGACAUGCGGCAGACAGUGGCCGUGGGCGUCAUCAAGAACGUGGAGAAGAAGAGCGGCGGCGCCGGCAAGGUCACCAAGUCGGCGCAGAAGGCGCAGAAGGCGGGCAAGUGA